AUGAAGGACUCCUCCUCUACUAUGGAGGAGGUGGACAAGGAGGCAGGACCGUUGUUGGCGUUGACUGAUGGUGAGGGCGUUGAGGAAAAGCAAGAGAGCAAGAGUGAGGAGGAGAUCUCAGAGACUACUCCCUCGAGUAUCGCGGCUUCUGAGGUCGAGAAGGUGUGUACGGUGUACAAGUCGGACUACGACUGUAUUUUCCAUCGGCUCAAUGUUACCCUUGUGAACGACUCUGGCAAGACCACCAACACGCCCUUUGUGAACAUUCUGUUCAGUAACUGUCAAAUCACGCAUAACAACAGCACUACUGAUGAUAGCAUCAGUCUGGACGCUAUUGAUUCUGAUGAGGAGUCGCCUCGGGAAACUGCUGGUGGUGAAGAGUCGACUCAGCGGAGGUCACAAGAAGGGACGGGAGUGAUGGUGACGAGGAGAGCAUCUAUUGCUGCUAAUGUUGAAGUUGCGAUGCAAUUCUUCAACCCUGUGGCGGUAGCUUGGGAGCCUCUACUUGAAAGUGAGGCGGUUGAUCCACAGAGCAACGGUACCAUUGAUGAGAGUUUGAGCAUGUAUAAAGUUCUGAUAAAACAGAAGGACAUUGGAGUGGUCCAGGGGGGCCGGCCGAGCGAUAAGAAGGACUUCUCUGUGGAGGCUACUCAUCAGCUGUUGAUGCUGAACAUCAGUCAGGCGUUUCUGAAGGCUUUUGAACAGAACAUGAGGGAAUUUGGUCGGGUUUGGAAUGACGAGAGGCCGCUUGGGGGCCGCAGUGAGAGUGGAGAUAAACUGCAGUACGCCCCAUACAGCAUUAGGAACCUGAGUGGCUCACAGCUGUUGGUGACGUGGGAAACACAUGAUCAUGAGGGGCGGUCUAAGGAGCCGACUAAGCCUGUUAGAAUUGGUGUUGGGGAAGAACGAAGGCUCACUGAUAUCAGCGUGCAUGUUGCUACUAAUAACGCGAGAAUGGCCAACGACAGGGCCUUUGUGAGUUUGAAGGGUGACGGUUGGGAACAAGAGAAAAUACCAUUGGAUCGAAAGGGUAAGUCGAAAGGGUGA